GCACUGAUCUCCACUUUUACUCGUGGCUCAAUUUGAGCACUGCACCUUUAAAAACAAACUGUUCCCUGUUUUCAGUCCCAACUGUCGACCGGUGGCCACGUAACGUGCUUCAGCGAUUAUCCCACGGUCUAGUCGUUAACGGUAGACUACUUUUAUCAGUUAAUCGUAUCGAAUUUAACGACAUAUUCGUUAUUUUAACUACUUUAAAUAACUUUCUUCUUGACAGAGGUGCGGAGGAUAAAGUUUUGAAUGAAGGUUCCCCGCUGGGGCUGUAAGCAGGAGGUGGGGGCAGUUCGCGGGGUCGUCCAGGCUAUCGGAUUUGUGAUCUGCUCACAUUUAUAACCAGACAGACGGCGGCUUGUUCGGGUCAGAGCUGGGCUGAACAGACGGGCAGUUUCGCCGAGGAGGACGCGGAGUUUUUAACUUUAGUUCUUGACGCCGGACGAUAAAAAGAACUGGAAAGUUUGAAAUAAGAGAAACUUUAAUCCUGGUCUGGACCCUCGUCUCCUGUCAAGACUACUAACGGCUGGACUGUAACGUUAAGCUAAUAAUUCACUUUGGAAAUAUCACUCUUUUACAGACUUGUGAUUUAGCUAGUUAGGCUUUAGCCUUUAAUUAUAAAUACGUGUUACUUUACUUAAUUGAAGCUGAGACGCAAAGUAUCUUCAUGAUGGAUAAAUACGAAGAUUUAGGACUCGAGGCGAGUAAGUUUAUCGAGGACCUAAACAUGUAUGAAGCAUCCAGAGAUGGUUUAUUUCGAACGAGAAGAGAUGCAGGAAAUAACCCCGACUUUGAAGAGACACGAAAAGUUUUUGCUUCUAAAAUGACUAAAAUACACAUGCAGAAACAGCAAGAGGAGAUUGCAAAAAACAACCAGGCCAUGAAGAUGAAUGGUGGCCACAACAGCACAUAUUACACCAAAGACAGACCGCCCAUCAAUAGUUACAGGCAGCCGUGUGAAGCGGCAGCGAAGCCCCCGAUACUCUCUGGCCCUGUGCCGGGCACCACGACUGGGAAUCAGUACGCACAGUUUGACGGCCAGAAACACCACACAGUUAUUCAGUCUGAACUUCCAGUCGGCAGGGCAUAUGGCUACGGAAACAAUUACGAUAACAAGGAGCGCUCAGAGCCACAUACUCCCCCCAACCCAGGAAACGCGUCUCAUAGCGCGCCCACACAUGCUCGUUACCCGGUCAGCCAGUCGGCUGCCUGGGCCCCAUCCAGAGAGAGCCAGCUUUCCUCAGCUUUGUCUGGGUCUGGGGGCAACAGUACAUCUCAGCAGCAGCCCCAGCGCCAGUCUGCACCUCCCACCGCCAACAGUCUUCCACCCCAGCAGAAUCAGGCUGUCACCCCGUCUGUAAACCUGAGUCCACCCUCAUCUGCUGGGCCAGCCAGGGGCUGGGCUGGAGAGCCCUCUGGCUCAGCCAAACCUGACCUCAUCCACGCCCUGCCUCUGAGUGCCUUCACAGCAGGAGCUGAGUUCCACAUGCAGCAUCCCUCCACACACUCUGCAGCCCAUUAUGCACCAUCUUCUCCUAAUUCGAGACCCUCUACCAACCAUAAUGGUCCUGCAGCAGCGUCCUCGCUCUUACCUGCACCUUUUGAAACACCUCUACCCAAAGCCCAGGUGGCAUCAGCUGCCUUGAUCCCUGGCAAUGUCUUGAGAAGCAGCAGCCAUGGUCAAGGUCAGAGCCAAAUACCCAUCUGUGGACAUGCCGUCAGUGCUGAAGCUGAUGUCCUGUCCUCCCCGAAGCCUGUCUAUCUACCCUGCGAGUCUCUCCAUGCGCAGCCCCCUGAACAGGGGCCUUCAGCAGCUGAAAUAAAGUUAGAAGCCCUCACCAAUCGGCUGGAAAGAGAGAUGGAUGCCCAACCAAAGGCUGAUUACUUUGGAGUCUGUGUUAAGUGCAACAAGGCAGUGUAUGGAGCCAGCAAGGCCUGCCAAGCUAUGGGUAGCCUCUACCAUGACAGCUGCUUCACCUGCAGCGCCUGCAGUCGAAGGCUGAGAGGGAAGGCGUUCUACUAUGUCGGAGGGAGGGUUUUCUGUGAAGAAGACUUUCUGUACUCUGGAUUCCAGCAGUCUGCAGACAAGUGCAACGCAUGUGGACAUCUGAUCAUGGACAUGAUCCUGCAGGCCCUCGGGAAGUCGUACCACCCCGGCUGUUUCCGCUGUGUCAUCUGUAAUGAGAGCCUUGACGGAGUGCCCUUCACUGUGGACACUGAAAAUAAGAUAUACUGUCUCAAAGAUUACCACAGGGUCCUGGCGCCUAAAUGUGCAGCCUGUAACCAGCCCAUCCUGCCCUCAGAGGGGUCUGAUGAAACCAUUCGAGUUGUAUCCAUGGACAAAGACUACCAUGUGGAAUGCUACCACUGUGAGGACUGUAAGAUGGAGCUGAACGACGAAGAGGGUCACCGCUGCUACCCUCUGAACGGCCACCUUCUCUGCCACUCGUGCCACCUGAAGCACAUGGAGCCUGACUGCUCUUCUCCCAUUACUGCAGCUGCCUCCUACUAACGCUACAGUGGGUGGAGGAAGACACCUGGCGGAUUUGUGGAGGAACUGCCAAAGCGUGAUUGACAGCAGGAGCGGAUAUGUGCAAUUCUUGUUGUAGAGGAUUGAUUAAUGCAAUGCAUCAGGUCAUACUAUGGUUUGAUGUGUAUUUUUUAUAGGAAUGUUAAUGAAGUUACCAUUAUGCCUGAAGAGGUUUUCACCCAAUAAUAAAGUAUUGUAAUACACCAAAGCCCUACUUUGAAUACAGUGAAGCAUUGCAUUAUACCCGCUGAAUGUGGACUUUGCAGAAGUGUGGCCAUAGGAAUUUUUAAAUGUAAAUACCAGUUAAAUUGACUUUGUAAAUAUCUAACCAACUCAUUUUAGAUAAGGUGUAACUUCACGUUCACACUUCAAUCCAAAAAUGAUCCAUCUAAUGGUUAGGCUAUCAUUAGCUAAGCUUUUGGAAAAUAAUGGUUCAAUCAUAGGAUACAGUUUAUGCAGUUGGUGUGUAUUUACAUAUGAGAAAUAUAAAAAAAAACAUUGGCAUUGAGCAUUAUUUUAAGAAGUCAUAGCAUAACAAUCAUCAGUGAUGAGCUGUGUCCAAGCUCAUCACUGAUGAUGUGUCCAAGCCGCAUCAUCUACAGACAGAUGGUGUUUCUCCAAACUAAUUACUUCCUUUUUCAAUUUUCACCCCAAUUUUCUUCUCAAAGAGGUUAUCGCACAGACACUGUGAAAGGCCUCUAUUUGACCUGCACACAGAGCCAUCAUUAUGGCUUAUUUUCCAUAUGCAAAUUCCUGUAUGCAUUAACUAUAAAAAAAAAAUUUAAAU